CCUUCCUUAAUCUUCCUUACUCUUGUUUCCAGGACUAGUUGGCUUGGAACUUCUCUCAUGUCUUUAUUAUUCUGAAAAAAAUAUAAAAAGAAAUUGAAGACAUGCAUGGGGAAUUCUUAGUAUCUUUUUGUAGUUUGCCACGAUGAAAAUUGUAUUGCCAAAGAUUUUGUCCUGCUUUAAUGCCCUUUUGAGCAGAAAUUCCAGAGAGCAGUGCAAUGAUGACGAAGAACCGUUUCUUAAAUCUGCAGACGAAGAUGCAUUCUCUACUGCUGGAAUUUGGAGCAAACUUGGAUUCCUCUGGCUUAAUCCAUUGUUCAAGAAAGGGCAUCUUGAAAGACUUGAGUUUCAGCAUGUUCCUACCAUCCCACAAUCAGAGGCCGCUGCUGAAGCUUUUUCUUCACUGGAGGAGUCUCUUGGUAAACAGAACCCCAACAAAACCUCGUUGUGGAAAGCCAUACUCCAUACUCUCUGGAGACCUCUUGCUCUGAAUGCUAUUUUUGCCGGUGCCAACACAAUUUCUUCGUAUAUCGGCCCCUUGCUGAUCACAAGCUUCGUAAAGUUUCUAUCAGAAAAGGAUGAUGCUUCGGAAAACUGGCACCAGGGUUUGGUUAUAGCAUUGAUCUUCUUUUCUGCAAAAACAGUGGAAUCAAUGUCCCAACGGCAGUGGUAUUUCGGUGCUCAUCGAAUUGUAAUUAGACUCAGGGCAGCUCUUAUGGUGCUGAUAUACAAAAAAUCUUUGUCAGUCAAGUAUGUUGGAAUGAGCACUGGGAAAAUCAUUAACUUGAUCGACGGAGAUGUUGAAAGGGUUGGAGAUUUAUGUUGGCACAUUCAUGAGAUUUGGUUGCUCCCAGUUCAAGUUACUUUGGCCUUGGUAAUCUUGUACUGGAAUCUUGGUGCUGUUCCUUCUUUUGCUGCACUUUUAACCACAAUUCUUGUGAUGUUGAGCAACACUCCCCUGGCUAAAGUGCAAAAGCAGUUUCAUACCAAGAUCAUGGAGGCCAAAGACUCAAGAAUCAGAGCCACUUCAGAGACAUUGAAGAGCAUGAGAGUCUUGAAGCUUCAAUCUUGGGAGUCAACUUUUUUGGAAAGGCUGCUUCAACUCAGAGGAAUUGAGAGAAGUUGGGUAAAGAAGUACUUAUAUACAUGUUCAGCAGUUGCUUUUCUCUUCUGGGCAUCGCCAACUUUGAUUUCAGUUGUCACAUUUGGGGUAUGCAUCAUUUUAAAGGCACCAUUAACAUCAAACACGGUUCUUUCAGCUCUUGCAACUUUCCGGAUUCUACAAGAUCCUAUCUACAAUCUACCAGAGCUUGUCUCUAUGUCUGCUCAAGCAAAAGUUUCUCUUGACCGGAUACAGAACUUCAUCACAGCAGAGGAUGAUGAAAACUUGCCAAUAGGUGAUCCUGCUCCUAAUUCAUCAGGAGUAGCAGUUAAAAUUGAAGCUGCAGAAUAUGCAUGGGGAACAGAUGAUGCAAAGAAGGCCACGAUCACGAUCACUGGUAAAAUAAGAAUCAUGAAAGGUCACACAGUGGUUAUUUGUGGUUCUGUUGGAUCUGGUAAAUCAAGCUUACUCUUCAGUAUACUUGGAGAGAUUCCUAGGAUUUCUGGUGCAAGUGUUAAGACUUGUGGAACAAAAGCUUUUGUGCCGCAAAGUGCUUGGAUUCAAACGGGAACCAUCCAGGAUAAUGUUUUGUUCGGCAAGGAAAUGGAUAGAGAUUUUUACGAGGAAGUUGUGAGAGCAUGUGCUUUGAACAAAGAUUUUGAGAUAUGGCUUGAUGGAGAUUUGAGCAGAGUGGGGGAAAGAGGAAUUAAUCUCAGCGGAGGACAAAAGCAGAGGAUUCAAUUGGCAAGAGCAAUUUACAGUGACUCAGAUAUAGUUUUACUUGAUGAUCCACUCAGUGCUGUUGAUGUGCAUACUGGAACUCAUAUAUUCAAGGAAUGUAUAGAGAAACUCUUGGCUACUAAGACUGUAAUUUAUGUCACUCAUCAGUUGGAAUUUUUGGAUGCUGCUGACCUUGUUCUGGUGAUGAAAGAUGGAAAAAUUGUACAAUCAGGAAAUUAUCAUGAUUUAAUUGCUGAUCCUGACUGUGAACUUAAUAGACAAAUCGCAGCUCACACAAAAACUCUGGAUGAAGUAACCACAGUCCAACAGUUUAAUCGAUCACCCAAGGACAACCAUCAGGACAAUCAAAAUGAAAUUACCGGAAAAAAGUUUAAAGACUUCAAUAUGAAUUCCAGGCUUUUGGAGAAGAAUCAGCAAGAAGAAGCAAAAUAUGGCCGGGUUAAAUGGCAUGUUUACUCAACAUUUAUCACCUCCGGAUACAAAGGAAUGCUGGUUCCUAUUAUCCUUCUGUGUCAUAUCCUCUUCUAUGGAUUGCAGAUAGGCAGCAAUUACUGGAUUGCUUGGGCAACAGGGGAAGAAGGCAGGGUCAGCAGUGUACGAUUGAUUGGAAUAUUUGCUUUGUUGUCUGCUGGAAGUUCCCUCUUUAUUUUGGGUAGGGCAAUUUUGCUGUCAACCGCUGCAAUUGAAACUUCUCAGCGCCUUUUCCUUGGAAUGAUAACUUCCAUUUUUCGUGCGCCAUUGUCAUUCUUUGACUCUACACCUUCAAGCAGAAUUCUUAGCCGGUCUUCAACAGAUCAAAGCACUGUGGACACGGAUCUUCCCUACAGAGUAGCUGGAUUAGCCUUUGCUCUUAUCCAGCUAUUGAGUGUUAUUGUCCUUAUGUCCCAUGUUGCAUGGCAAGUCAUUUUCCCGUUCCUCAUUAUUCUUGCCAUUUCGAUAUGGUAUCAGGAUUACUACAUUAGUACAGCUAGAGAACUAGCGAGGAUGGUUGGCAUUCAGAAAGCUCCAAUCCUCCAUCACUUGUCAGAAUCUGUUGCUGGGGCUGCAACAAUUCGCUGCUUCAAUCAGGAGGAUCGCUUUUUAAAAAAGAAUUUAGAUCUCACUGAUAAUUAUUCUCGUGUUGCCUUUUACAACUCUGCAACAAUGGAAUGGCUCAGUAUCAGGAUAAACUUCCUCUUCAAUCUUGUUUUCUUCCUUCUCCUCCUCAUUUUGGUGAACCUUCCACGGUCUGCAAUUGACCCAAGUUUGGCAGGACUCGCAGCCACCUAUGGUUUAAGUUUAAAUGUACUCCAAGCUUGGGUAAUAUGGAACCUCUGCAAUGUUGAGAACAAAAUGAUAUGUGUAGAGAGAAUUCUUCAAUUCACUAACAUUCCCAGUGAAGCUCCCUUAGUGAUUGAAGAUUGCAGACCACAACCUGCAUGGCCGCUCCACGGAAAAAUUGAAAUUGAAAAUCUCCAUGUUCAAUACAGUCCUUCUCUUCCAAAGGUUCUUAAAGGAAUCAACUGCACUUUUCCUGCUGAAAAGAAAAUUGGAAUUGUCGGAAGAACCGGAAGUGGAAAGUCCACUUUGAUCCAAGCUCUAUUCAGGGUGGUGGAGCCUUCAGAUGGGAGGAUUAUGAUAGAUGGCCUUGAUAUCUGUAAGAUUGGUUUACAGGAUUUGAGAUCCAAAUUGAGUAUAAUCCCACAAGAUCCAACUUUGUUCCAAGGUACCAUAAGGAGCAAUGUCGAUCCAUUACAGCAGUAUCCGGAUCAUGACAUCUGGGAGGUUUUGCGCAAAUGCCAUCUAGCAGAGAUAGUAAUGCUGGAUCAAAGGCUUCUUGAUGCACCAGUUGCAGAAAGUGGAGAAAACUGGAGUGUAGGGCAAAGGCAGCUCGUUUGCCUGGCUAGGGCAUUGUUACAGAAGAGGAGAGUACUAGUACUGGAUGAGGCAACAUCUUCAGUGGAUACUAGGACUGAUAAUGUGAUCCAGAAGACGAUAAGAGAAGAAACAAGUCAAUGCACAGUACUAACUGUGGCUCAUCGAAUACCCACAGUUAUUGACAAUGACAUUGUUUUGGUUCUUGGGGAAGGAAAAAUUGUUGAGUACGACACUCCAGCACGGUUGUUUGACAAUAAAUAUUCAGCAUUUUCAGAGUUGGUCACAGAAUUUUUGAGAAGAUCAUCCUGAGUGACUUCACCUUUCAAACAAUAGGGAUGCAUGUAUUAAGAAAUCAAUUACUCCACUUUGUUGCUCUAGUUUGCUUUUUUGUCAAAAAAA